GACAAGCUGCUGCUGCUGCUGCUGCUGCUGCUGCUGCUGCUGCUGCUGCUGCUGCUGCUGCUGCUGCUGCUGCUGCUGCUGCUGCUGCUGCUGCUGCUGCUGCUGCUGCUGCUGCUGCUGCUGCUGCUGCUGCUGCUGCUGCUGCUGCUGCUGCUGCUGCUGCUGCUGCUGCUGCUGCUGCUGCUGCUGCUGCUGCUGCUGCUGCUGCUGCUGCUGCUGAAGCUGUGAAGGCUGCUGGUUGUGCUGAAACGUCUGCCAGCGACAUGGAAUGCCUGCAAACCGGAAGAGAUGGAGCAGGUGCUGAGCCUCCACCACACCUCCAGUCUGCUACGGCAGCAGGUGACAAACGUCUACAGCUCCUCGCAUAA